AAGCAGCUUUUCUUUUUACUACUUUGCCUUGGACUCGUGUCAGUUAUGUUUCUUUAUCAAAAUCCUGAUUGGGGCCUGGGAUCCAUCAAGCUUCUUAACCAUCAAAGACAUUAUUUGGUUAGAGUCCAAGUAGGUGAGUUCAUUGUUUCAUCUAUACACGUCUAGAUACUUUGAACUCCCGGAGGUCAUUUUAACAUUUAACACUCUUGUAUGGGCCAUUCCUCCCUUUUAUUGGACAGUAAGUCUUUUACAUUGGAGGUAGGAUUAGUCAACCUAUGAAGGCAAGGUAACCCUUUUACAAGGGUCAUUUUCCACCAUGACAAUGGUCACGACUUUUAGUGAGCGCCUUUAAAUGCUCCUUUUAUCUGUAGUCAUCAUGUCCUUUCUCACGCAAACGGCAAACUUCCUGAUCAUGGGCAGCCUCUGCUAUGUAUUGCUUUGGCAGUUGGCCGUUAGGUUUGCAUCGCAAAGAGUAAUAUAUGAGGCACAUGUUACGUUGACGUCGGAUACAUCAACAAUCGGAUGGUCAUCCGCCCCUGCGAGUAUUUGCCUUUGGUUCAUGUAGUAAACCUUUGCAUCGUAAAUCUCAGUUUAUCGGCCCUUUCGCCAAAACUUUUGAGAAAAUCGUCAGUAAACAUAAAACAUCUCUUAAGCUUAUGUUCUUGGCUUAACCUCACUUCAUCUCACUUAAUCUUUACUUCACUGUUUUUUUUACCAUUUGACUUUUUAGAUAAAGCCAGAAACCCUGAGCAACUUACAAUAAAUGGAGUCCACGACAUGACAGAAGCAGAGAUAAACCAACAAAGAACUUUGGAUUUAAAGCAAAGACUUCUUCUUCUAUCAGACGAAGAGAGUCAUUCCUCUCUCCAAGAAGAAAUAAUCUCAAAGCAGGAUCAGCAGCGCAAAGAUUCUUCUCAGUGUCAGUAUGAAGGAUUACAUAUUGCAACAAAGACAGCUGUAAAUAUGAGUUGUGUGCCCUAUAAGAGAACUGACAAGGAUUGCCAUGAAGCCUUUAGUUACUUUGGGAUGUUCAACGUUACGAAUUCAGAUACACAUGACUGCGUAGUGCUUCCUAGCCGGCCAAUCUGUACAUUUCUCACGGAGUCGAGGUUUGGCCCUACAGAGAGAGUUUCUGUGACAUGUUGGAGAGACGUGUGCGACAAGUCAUCACCAGUCUUUCUCGGCUGUGCCGAUCCCAGGUUUGGAAUCGUACACAACGAGAACGAUUGGCGCAAAUUUCACAGCGUGGGAGAAUUGGAGCAAGAGUUACCUGAGAUUGUAUCUCGAACUUCAAUAAAUGGUUUUAACUUUUGUUUACUGAAGUGCAAGGAGAGGAGUAAAAGUGUCAAACAAGCUCUAAUAUUCCCGCCAAUUUUAAAACGUGCGACGACGAAAACAGAUCAUGCAAAGAGAAAGAUAAACAUUAAUAUUGUACUUGAGGAUUCAGUUUCUCGGUCACACUUUUACAGAUCCAUGCCUCGCUCGGUCCAGUCUCUUCGUGAUAUUGCAAAAGAUUCUAGUUUCCAGGCCAGUGUGCUGGAUUUUGAGCUCGUUCAAAGCUUUGCUUCCUACACUCUUGUGAACACCCAGUUUUUGAUGGCAGGCAAAUCACUAGAGUAUAAAUCAGGAAGAACAAACAAUAUAAACAUACUCGCGGAGAAGUUUAAACGUUUUGGAUACCAAAUUUUAAUGCAGGAAGACUUGUGUUGGUAUGAUGGGUGGGGAAGUUUUCUCUCCCCUUCUUACAAGAAAAACAUCGAACCUUUCACAGAGGGAUUCAAGCAAGUUUUUGAAAACUACAAACAGGAAACCAAUCCUUAUUUAGACAAUGUGGGUCUCAGUUAUCUUUCUUGUGAGAUCCUAAAGGAUCUUGGGGUUACGAAUCCUUUCGGGCGUAAAAAAGGCGACAACACUCUUUGCUGGGAUGGCAGAUCACUGAGUGAAUAUCUUCUUUUUUACGUUCGAAGAUUUCUGUCAUUAAUAGAUCAAAAUCCUGCGGCUGCUCCAGGAUUAACUUAUACUCAUCUUAACACAGGACACGAACCCUCUGGAAAGCGCAUUCGAAACGACGAUCGAUUUUUGUCAAGAUUUCUGGGAGAAAUGGCGAGAAGCGAAAACACUUUGACAAUCAUUCUCUCAGAUCAUGGAGGUAAGACAACAGAUUAUGCUAUCCAAACACUGCAAGGAAGUUUAGAGGUUUAUAGCCCAAUGCUUUUUAUGAUCAUUCCACAUAAAGUAGCACAACGCAUGGGCAAAGAUAGACUGAACGCUCUUAUUGAAAACCAAAAACGCUUAGUCACCGUGUCAGAUUUAUACUACACGAUUACUUCCGUCGCAGAGCUGACAGAAAGUGGUGCCGCGGUCAGUCAGGCCAGUGGCUUACUGAGACCAGUGUCUGUUACUCGCACAUGCGCAGAUAUACAAGGUCUUCAUUCGGAGGUAAUGUGUCGUUGCGAAGGUUGGACAAAGUUCCUGAGUACAAAUUCAGUGGAUGUUUUAUGGCUAGCAGAGUUUGCCGUUGGACAUAUUAAUAAUUUAGUGCAGAAACAAUAUUUAGCCGGUAAAUCAGAAAGCAAACACUUAAGUGGAUACGGAAAUUGCGCCAGAUUUGUUGGAAAAGCUAUUGAGCGGCCAAGGCAGGAGAUAGCCGGCAAAUAUUACAUUACAACAAUGAUUUUAGUUGUUGAGCCAGCCUAUGGUAUUAAAUCAAAAGAACGCUUCGAAGUUCAGCUUCGGCACUCAAGCAUUCGAGAACACAGAAUCACCUUCAUUAAAUACACACGACUAAGCUUUUAUAGNACGCUCUUAUUGAAAACCAAAAACGCUUAGUCACCGUGUCAGAUUUAUACUACACGAUUACUUCCGUCGCAGAGCUGACAGAAAGUGGUGCCGCGGUCAGUCAGGCCAGUGGCUUACUGAGACCAGUGUCUGUUACUCGCACAUGCGCAGAUAUACAAGGUCUUCAUUCGGAGGUAAUGUGUCGUUGCGAAGGUUGGACAAAGUUCCUGAGUACAAAUUCAGUGGAUGUUUUAUGGCUAGCAGAGUUUGCCGUUGGACAUAUUAAUAAUUUAGUGCAGAAACAAUAUUUAGCCGGUAAAUCAGAAAGCAAACACUUAAGUGGAUACGGAAAUUGCGCCAGAUUUGUUGGAAAAGCUAUUGAGCGGCCAAGGCAGGAGAUAGCCGGCAAAUAUUACAUUACAACAAUGAUUUUAGUUGUUGAGCCAGCCUAUGGUAUUAAAUCAAAAGAACGCUUCGAAGUUCAGCUUCGGCACUCAAGCAUUCGAGAACACAGAAUCACCUUCAUUAAAUACACACGACUAAGCUUUUAUAGCAAAUAUGAAAAUUGCGCAGACAGGGGCGUGGACGUGAAACUUUGCGCCUGCGCGACUCCGCGCCGAGGGUCGCAUCAAUUAUCAGUGAAGAAACUGAUCCGCUCUCGCCAUUUUGUAGAUUACGGACUGAAGAGUAGCACGCGAUCACUGGACUCUAAAUGUUUGUUGGUGACUAUACGGAGCCUAAAGAAAUAUGUCGUGUCUAAAAGGCAGACUCGCUUGAUGAGUAUUGAAGUUGCAAAUGUGUGCAGGGACAUUUCGAUGAAAGUUAAGUUGGGGGGCAUUCACAGGAAAACAAAAUUUUCCCAAACAUUACCGUUGUCUUUAGUCGUUAAUCCAAGGACAAUACAUUAUGUGCUGUCAGUACUCCAUGAGUGGAAGUAUGGAUUGUUUAGACCAGCUUUCAUGCAC